AUCCACUCCCCGUCAUCCACACCUGCCUGGGCUCGAUGCGUCUCGUUGUUUCCUCGUUCCAACACGCAGUCUCGACCUCUCCAGUCCAGUUUCUCCCAUCCACGCAGUUCCCGUCGUUGCGCCCUUGAGGUUCCUGCUUCCCAUCGCAGUCUCCCACUCGCUCGGGCAGAUCAGUCCGAUCACUGCAUGUACAUACUAGGUAGGUACCCUAUGUACUCACCGUCAGCCAACACGUUGACCUUUACUGUACUCGAGCAUACCUACUUAUGUACCUACCUUACCUUACCUACCUACCACUCCCUUCUCUUGCUCACCACAUCGCUUCUUUCGUUUCCUCCAUCUCUACCACUUGAUCGUUCGCGACUGCAUCACCAGUUUGCUCUCUCUCUUCAAGGAGUGGAUCCUACCAACUGUUUCCCAUCUGAACAUUGGAAGCUGUACCCCCGACAUUUCGUCCCUCCAGGACCGACCCAUGAGCCAAGAUACCUAGGCUGUCAAGGUUCCCGCCCCUGCAUUCUACCUAUACUCGUACUCAGCCAGCCCGGGGCUCUUCAACGUGGUGUGUCGUCUGUCACACCGAUUCCGGCCUCUCACAACAUCGCACAAUACGCUGCCCAACUUCCACGUGCUUCUUCCAUUUUAUCUUUACACCACGCGCUCGUCCACCACGCUUAAGCUUACCCCGUUCACUACUCACCGUUUUGCGAAGAGCCGGCACUCCGAUAUCUAUAUAACUUCAACCUCAAGCAAGGUCCCCUGUGACCCCUCCGCUGUCCGGACGAGGCGGUGACAACAUGCUACUAGAGGUAAUCGGCCCUCACUCUCGCUGCCGUGAAACCGCCCGAUUCUCGAUCACUACCGUUUGCUUGGUUCCUUGAUGAACCAUCCAUUGGCCUCUUGCAACCGACUUCGACCCCCCCGGUUUUGCGAUUAUCCCUAUAUCGUUACUCGACAGAGAUUCUCGAUCUCGACUCUUUCACACUCGAUUCGCCGGUACCCGACAUACCCAGCCCGCCCUUGCGUCCGAGGCUGACGCUGCCGACAUCCGUCUCAUCUGGUCGAAUCAUAUAAUACAACAGCCACCGACUGUCCCAAAGCACCUGGUGGCCUUUGCACUACACGAGCGCAUCGCCAACCAACGGCGGAGCUUCUACAGGAGACACCAACACCCAACAAAACACAUACAAUACCCUUUGCGCCCAACAUGGUGUCCGACGAGACAUACGACAUUUGUCUUCCGGUCCUCGAGGAUCCAGAUCUUGACGAUGAGGAGAAGACGGACAAGCUACAGGACCUUCUCAGGGAAAGGACAACCUUGAGCGGGCAGGCACUGGAUAAUGCAGUGUUAGAUGCCAUGUGGAGGUUUCGAGAUGGCGGCGGGACGGCGACAUCUCCACCGUCCAUACGUCAGAGCAUUCUCCGACGCCCGUCGCCGGCUCCCUGGAGAGGCUCUAGUACUCCUCUUUCCAGCUCGCCUCGCUUGAGCGUCAGUCCGCUUGCCCCUCCCGGAUAUGUGCCGACAAACUUCGGUCGGGCCAUGUCUUCGACGGCAUCUCCCUUUGGGUCGCCCAGGCCAUCCCCGCGACUUGCGUUUGCUACCCCCGUCCCCCACAGUCCUAACCUGAACGCCUAUCAGUUUGCCGCCAAUGAUGAACCUCCCUCACAGGAAGUGUUCGGAGAUUACCAGUCGGACAAUGUCGACUGGCUCGUCAGUGACGAUGACCGUCUUAGUGUGACCUCUUCUAUCGGCGGCUCGAGUGGCUUGAAUGUGGCUGCUCCCGAAUUCGUAUCGACUCAGCAGGCCGAUAUGAGUCCGUUUGACAUGCUUAGGUCCAUCUUGGGCACGAGUAAGACGGAUGACGAAAUUGGCGCUGCUCUUGCUAUGCAUGGCUAUGAUCUCAGUGCCACUGUUGCCUCUAUCAUGGACGACCCGGCACAAGAUGAUGUCUCCCUUUCUGGUCAAAAUGAUGAGGCCAGGGUGGUUGUGAUUGGCAAGUCAAUGACGCCCGAUCAACGCCCCGCGACUCCGGCCGACCAGCAGAGAUCGGGUGUGAUUUGCAAGUUCUACCUAUCCACCGGGCAAUGCCUGCGCUCUGAUUGCCGGUUUAGUCACGAUUUAAGCAAUCAUAUCUGCAAGUAUUGGGUUGCUGGUAACUGUUUGGCUCGUGAUACCUGCGUAUUUUCUCAUGAUCCGGCGCAUCUGGUGAACAGGUUGCAUAUUGACGGCUCGGGCACACCACCGACGCAUUAUUCGACGGUAAACGUUCAGGACUUUAAUAGUUUCCCGUCCUUGCAGCCAGGAACUCCUGAGCAGUUGCACGUUUUUCCGGCAUCAGCAAACACUCCCGCAGUAGGGAUCACUCCGCCCCCGGGCUUCAAGAGCCACCACAACUACGGCUAUCCCGAUCGUCCACGAUCGCGGCCUGGUAGUCGACACCAGCAAAAGGAAGUUCCGCAAACGGUUCCGUCUCCUGACGAUGCGGAUGCAUUUCCUACGCUGGGCGCCGCCAUAGCCAAGCAAAGCAAGAAGCACCAUGGUAAGAGGGGUGGACAUAACCACACUGGUAGUGGUAGCAGCAGCAGCAAGGAAAUCGCUAGUCCAGGCCCGAGCACACUCGCCGACAUUGUCAAGAUGUCUCCCUCUCCUGUCAACAUCAACUUGAGGCCUAAUGGUAAGUUGAAUCGCAAUGGCAGCUCUACUAGCAUUCGGAAUGGCGAGAACAGCGCUGCUGCCCAAGCUAUUCCACCGCCCAAGCACAUCCCUUGGCUUGAGACUGGAGAGAAGGCAAACAAGGCAUAUCUCAAGGCACGUCAGGAGGCCAUUAAGCACGGCGGCUUGCGCAACAAAUUCCUGCAGAGUGCUGCCCAGGCGUGGAACCGCAACGAUGCCCGUGCGGCCAAGGCGCUGAGCUUGCGCGGGCAAAGCGAAAAUGAUCUGAUGAGGAAAGCUCACCGCGAAGCCGCGUCACUGCUCUAUGAGGAGCGCAACAAAAACAAUGGCAGCUGCCCCGAGAUCUACGUCGACUUGCACGGCCUUCACCCCGAAGAGGCAGUUGAAUACCUUGCAGGUAUUCUGACCGAGAACACGAGCGAAAGCAGACCCAUCUAUGCCAUUACUGGAACCGGCCAUCACAGCAAGAACGGCAAGGACAAGGUGGGCAAGGCGUUGCGCACUUUCCUUAACGAGUGGCGCUAUGCCUACCGUGAAUUUUCGGUGCCGGGCGACAGAAAUAGCAUGGGCGGGAUUUUGGGUAUAGAUGCGAGAAGUUGGGAUAAAUCGUUGUCGCAGGAUGGCGUCAGCUUGGUGAAGAAGGACGAGCCCAAGGAUGAUGUUGAUAUCCUGUCUCAAGGGGUGGAGAUUGGGGAGGGCAAGGUGAAGUUGCUUGUUAGAGACCCGAUGGCUGCCAAGGAGCCGCCCAAGGGCCCUGCUAGCCAUAGGGGACGGUGACUGUGGGUAGAAUAACCACAAGAGCAGGAUGAGACUUUGGAGUGCAGUGAGUCCAAUUAGUCGGACCUGAAAGAUAGUCUGCAGUGAUAAUAUCGCGAAGACGGGAGCAACAAGCCUGGCUGGUUGAUGGCGGUAGAGCAUUAGUGACGGGAAAGGGAAGAGAGAAGUAUCGACUAUCAAUAAUCAUUGGGCUAUUGCAGCGACGUGCA